AUGCAACACAAUACUGUUGGUAAUGAUGAUGAUGAUGAUGAUGAUUUUAUGCUUUUAAAGAAACCUAAUGAACAAAGAUUUAAUGAUAAUGAUAGAUUGAGAAGUAAAAACAAUAGAACAAUCCUUUACAUGAAUGAUAUCAAUAAUGAUAAUGAUGAUGAUGAUGAUGAUGAUGAUGAUGAUGAUGAUGAUGAUGAUGAUGAUGAUGAUGAUGAUGAUGAUGAUUUGGAUGAUGAUGAUGAUGAUGAUGAUGAUGAUUGGUUAAUCAGUAGUUUUUAUAAUAAAACAUCAAAUAUUUUUUUUUGA